UCCCCCAUUUCAACCGCGCAUGCGCUGCUCCGGGGGCGCGCGGCGAUCGGCGGUGCGCUAUGGCCCUCAGACACAGCGGAUCACCGAUCAACAGAAAGAGCCGAAGAUGUCGGUUCGAGGGGACAUGUACACUGAACAUCAGAGCACUGAUGAUCAGUGUGCCCUGAUGAUCUGUGUAGCCCCAGCAGUGCCACCUGUCAGUGUCCAUCAGUGCCAGCUGUCAGUGCUCAUCCAUGCCACCUGUCAGUGCCCAUCAAUGCCACAUUUCAGUGCCUACCAGUGCACAUCAAUGCCACAUAUCAGUGCCCAUCUGAGCUGCCUUUAAGUGCCACCUAUCAGUGCCAGUCAGUGCCGCCUAUCAGUGUGCAUCAGUGCUGCCUAUCAGUGCCGCCUAACAGUGCCAGUCAGUGCCGCCUAUAAGUAUCAUAUAUGAGUGCUGCCUUUCAGUGCCCAUCAGUGAUGCCUGUCAAUGCCCAUCAGUGCCACCUACCAGUGCCUUCCAUCAGUGCCACCUAUCAGUGUCCAUCAGUGCAGCCUAUCAGUGCCCAUCACUGCAGCCUCAUUAGCGCACAUCAGUGUGAAGGAGAAAAAUCACUUAUUUACAAAAUUUUAUAAUAAAAACUAAGAAAAAAAACUUUUUUUUUUUUUUUUUAAUUUUCAGUGGUUUUUGGUUUGUUUAAGAAAAAAAUAA